GAUCUAUGCAUAGAUAUGCAGAUCUAGGCCUGGGACUGCAACUCUGCCCUGCUGUGAUUUUUGGCCCUCCUUGCUGGGCGGUGGCUCCUCCCUCCAAAGCACUUCCGAAGUUCAGCAGAUCCAGAGGGAUCCUUCCGGGAUGGCUUUGCCAUGACAUGCUCCGGCUUUCGGCAUCGGGUUCGAGGCUCCUGAAAGCACACACUCAUUUCAGGUCCAAGGCCAAAAUGUCAACAAAGAGACUUCCUGCUCGGAGGCUGGAAGGCACCGAUGCCAAUAUCUGGGUGAAGUUUGUGUCCCUGACGGCCGCUCACAAAGCGGUGAACCUGGGCCAAGGCUUCCCGAAUUUUCCGCCUCCGGAUUUCAUGAAAGAAGCCUUUGCGGAGGCCGUUUCCGGGCAAGACCCCCUCAUCCACCAAUACACCCGAGCCUUCGGCCAUCCACGGCUGGUGUCUGUCUUGGCCCGCCUCUUUGGGAAACUUCUUGGCCGGGACCUCGACCCCAUGAAGAACGUCUUGGUGACGGUCGGCGCUUACCAGUCCCUCUUCUCCUGCUUCCAGGCCCUGGUGGACGAGGGAGACGAGGUUAUCAUCAUCGAGCCCUUCUUCGAUUGCUAUGAGCCAAUGGUCAAAAUGGCCGGCGGGACACCCGUCUUCAUCCCUCUCCGACUGAAAUCCACAGAAAGCGGAAAGCUGAUCUCAAGCAAAGACUGGCAACUUGAUCCAGCGGAGUUGGAGUCCAAAUUCACCCUGCGGACGAAAGCCAUCAUCCUCAAUUCUCCCAAUAACCCCCUGGGCAAGGUGUUUAGCCGGGAAGAACUGCAGCUCGUUGCAGACCUGUGUGCAAAACACGAUGUCCUGUGCUUCAGUGACGAGGUCUACGAGUGGCUGGUCUAUGAUGGGAACCAACACGUCCGGAUUGCCAGCUUGCCGGGGAUGUGGGAGCGGACCUUGACCGUCGGGAGCGCUGGGAAGACCUUCAGCGCCACGGGAUGGAAGGUUGGCUGGACGCUGGGCCCAGACCACCUCUUGACACACCUUCGGACGGUCCACCAGAACUCCCUCUAUCACUGCCCGACGGCCACUCAGGAGGCUGUGGCCCGUGGUUUGGAGAAAGAGCUGGAGCGUCUGGGGAAACCAGACAGCUAUUUUGUGGAAUUGCCUCGGCUGCUGCAGCAGAAGCGGGAUUUCCUAAUCCAGAACCUGAUCGCGGCCGGAAUGAAGCCCAUCGUCCCUGAAGGAACCUACUUCUUGAUGGCCGACCUCUCCGGUUUCAAAAUUGACUUGCCUGACCAAGGGGAUACAGAGGAACCCUAUGACUCUCGCUUCGUGGAAUGGAUGAUCAAGAAUAAAGGUUUAGCAGCCAUCCCCGUUUCUGCGUUCUAUAGUGCAGAACAGAAGAAGAAUUUCAACCAUUUCAUCCGCUUCUGCUUUGCCAAGGAGGAUUCGACCCUCAAAGCCGCCAGUGCCAUCUUGCAAGAAUGGAGCAAACAGAAACCCAGUUUGUCUCUGCGGCUCCUCCUGCGCCGACCAAUGGCAUCGCGCGCCUGGGCGGAAGUGGGACGAAGAGGCAAGAUGGCGGACAGCUCUGGAGCCAAGCGCCGGAGGGAGGAGGAAGACCCAAAGAUGGAUCGGUCCAAAUCAGCCAAAGAAAAAAAAGAAGAGAGGAAAAAAUGGAGGGAGAUGAGGCUGUUGAAAAAGCUGGAAAAGAAAAAAAUGAGGGAAUUAAAGGAGAAGAAAGAGGAGGCCCAACCCAAGGAGGAAAAAGCCUUAGGGAGGCACUACACGCUGAGCGUGGCCGUCCCAGGUUCAAUCCUGGACAACGCACAGUCGCCGGAGCUGCGGACGUACCUGGCGGGGCAGAUCGCCCGCUCCUGCGCCGUCUUCUCCGUGGACGAGGUCGUGGUCUUCGAUGAACGGGGGGAAGACGCCAAGACGGUAGAAGGCGACUUCGGAGGCCUGAAGGCCAGAGGCCAGGCCUGCGUGCAGUUGGCGCGCAUCCUGCAGUAUUUGGAGUGUCCCCAAUACCUCCGCAAGUUCUUUUUCCCCAAACACCAGGACCUGCAAUUUGCAGGGCUCCUGAACCCCUUAGACAGCCCCCAUCACGUGCGGAUCGAUGAGGAGUCACAAUACCGUGAAGGGGUGGUCUUGGCCCGACCGGUCAAGCCCGGCCGAGGGUCUUUUGUGAACUGCGGGAUGCGGAAGGAGGUGCAGAUAGAUAAGCAGCUCGAGGCCGGCCUUCGUGUCACUGUGAAGCUCAACGAGCAACAGAACCCAGAGAGCAAAACGCAGAAGGGGACCGUGGUGUCGUCCCAUCAUCCCCGCACCGUGUCCAACCUUUAUUGGGGAUACACCGUCCGCUUGGCUUCCAGCCUGAGUGCCGUAUUUGCCGAAUCCCCCUUCAAGGAUGGCUAUGACCUCUCCAUUGGGACUUCCGAACGAGGGACCUCGGUGGACCAAGCAGCCCUACCUGCUUUCAGGCACGCUUUGAUAGUUUUCGGGGGCCUGCAAGGCUUGGAAGCCGCCGUCGAUGCGGAUCCCCAUUUGGAAGUCAGCGAUCCCAGCACCUUGUUUGACUUGUACCUCAACACCUGCCCAGGGCAAGGGAGCCGAACCAUCCGGACCGAGGAGGCGAUGCUCAUCUCUCUGUCUGCGCUGAGGCCCAAGAUUGCGGAAGCGGCAAAGGAAGUCGAUGGCGGCAGUCUGAAAGAAGUCAGUAAUUCAUAAGAUUUAGGAAGGAAAAGCCCAGGAAAGAGCAGCAAGACAGCAAUCAGGAGCAGAUUGCAGCCUUCCUUUUCCCUCUCGUUCGUUUUCCAAGAUGGCGGGCUUUUGCUGAAACCCAGAAAGUGGAGAAUCUGACCAAAAUAAAGACUGUUUUAUUCUGAA